GAAGUACAACAAUCUCAUCUCUUUAUCUUUAUUCGCGUCAUACAGGUCCCUCUAUAGAGACAGUCUGUAAAAAUGUCCGGCUCUCAGAAAAGUUUAUCUAAAGGCAGUGCCGCCCCAGGGCCAGUGCCACAAGGGUUGAUUCGACUAUACAGUAUGAGGUUCGGCCCCUUUCCCCAGAGAGCAAGACUCGUCCUGGCUGCUAAAGGAAUCAAGCAUGAAGUGGUAAACAUCAAUCUUAAGAACAAACCAGACUGGUUUGUUGAGAAGAGUCCUCUGGGUCUGGUACCUUCCAUUGAGACUUCUGAUGGGAAAAUCAUUUAUGAAUCGCCAAUUGUUUUUGAAUACCUGGAUGAAGCCUUUCCUGGGGUGAAGCUGAUUCCAUCUGACCCUUAUGCAAAAGCUGAACAGAAGAUGUUGCUGGAAACUUUCACUGCAAUCACACCUGUAUUUUACAACAUUAUGAUUGCACAUGAAAAAAAUGAAGACGCAACAGAAUUAAAAUCAAAGUUCCUUGAGAUUUUAAAAAAACUGGAAGAGGCUCUGGUUAAGAAGAACACACCCUACUUUGGUGGUGAAUCUGUAUCCUAUAUUGACUACAUGGUAUGGCCCUGGUUUGAGAAAUUCAGUCUUUUUGGAUUAAAAACUCUUGUGGAUGAGACCCCAAACAUCAAAGCUUGGCUGGAUCGUAUGCUACAAGACCCAGCUGUCAAGGCAAGCUACAUUGAGCCAGAAGUCUUCUUGGCAUUUUGCAAGCUCUACGCACAGAACAAUUUGGAAGCUGUUGAUUACGGACUUGAUUGAUCUAGCAAUUCUCU